CCGAGCGCCAUAUUCUCGAACGAUCGCGCUUGCCGACGAAGUGUAAAUAGUUUGCAAUCUGCGUGAAUACAUUGGCUCGGUGGUCCCCGUUUCGGAGGUGAAAAUUUGACAUUUAAUACAUCUGUCAAGAGUGGCGUCUCGAGUACGCCCUCGCGUCAAUGAAUCGCGGCAGGAUCGCCAGCGUACGUUUACACUCGAGAUCGAGAGCGCUAGAGGCUCCUUCGUAAUACAUAUGUCGGAUCCGUGGAGCAGCGCGGACGUCGAAUCGCGGGGACUCUACGUGGAGCAGCAGGCGCACGGCGGCGUGUGUCGUAGCCGACAGUAGCGACAAAGAGGAGCGGAGUUGGCCGCCGCGCUGCUCGACUCGACUCGUCGUCGCGAGAUACGGUUUUCUUCGCAGCUUUCUCGCGGCGGAGCCGGAGAAAAAUCCCACCGCGCGUGGAGACUCGCGACAACACUCGAGCACAACCCGCGAUCGUAUUUUUUUUUACCACCCUCGCGUCCGCCGUCACCGGCGGCAAAUUCGUGCGGCAGCAACGCGGCAUAACCUAAUCUCCCGGUGGUGAUUCGGCCGUUGCGCGCGCGUGUGUGCGUAGUAGGUACGCGUGUUUCUCCCCUCGGCGGCCUGCAUUCCGGUAUCGCGCCAGGCGACAAUGGCAAUAAACGAGGACCUCGGUUUCUCCGAGCUCUGCAGGCUCUGCUCGCUCAAGAGCAAUCAUCAGCUGCAGAUAUUUGACAAGGAGAGCGAGCAGCGGCAGCUGCUGUUCAAAAUACGCUCCUGCGUGCCCAUCGUGAUAGCGAAAGAGGAUGGGCUGCCAAAAAAUAUCUGUCAGAGAUGUAUAUACAAGUUAGACAUGUUCUACGAAUUUCGUCUCAGCUGCAUAUCCACGGAGACAAUAUUGAAAAAUUACGCAGAAUCCUUGAAGAAUAUUGUUGCACUUAAUAAUCAGGGUACGGACAAGGACAAGAUGUCAAACGGCGGGCAACAGCAGCAGCAUGCGAGUUACGCAGAAUCGCACUCUGUGGCACACGCGGCACUGGCUCAGCAUAUGGCUCAGCAGGCCGCUCAGGCGAGGCUGACUGGACCUGGGCCACACGCGGCCCCGCAGCCACCGAAUCCUACGUUCACCGUGCCCGACGACGGGCUCGGCUACGACGAUGGCAUAAGAGUGCUGCGCUCCAUUGGAACAUGGUCUUCGGAUUAUUCUGCAAUGCGUCCCAGCAUGAUGCCGGCAUUUCCUGGAGCGGAUCAACAGUUCGAAAGUAGAGCGCCGGCGGUAAAUCAACCAUUACGGACGACGACGACAAACAGCGUGAAUGUUCGUCCGGGAUCUGUUUCGAAGGCGACUAACACGGGCGAGCCAACGACGAAAGCAUUCGCCUGCACUGUAUGCGGCAAGGGGCUCGCCCGUAAGGAUAAACUCGUCAUUCACAUGCGUAUACAUACUGGAGAGAAGCCGUAUUCCUGUGAGGUUUGCGGUAAAGCAUUUGCACGUCGAGAUAAAUUGGUCAUCCAUAUGAACAAGCUCAGACACAGACCCGGUGUUUCACCUCUGUCGGCGCCUACCACACCAAGAUCCGAUCAGCAUCAGCAGCAGCAGCAGCAACAGCAACAGCAGCAGCAACAGCAGCAAGCACAGCAGCCAUCUCGCCAAGAUAGCAUUCACAAGCUGAAGGAGGAGCCCGUGAGCUGGGCCUGCGAACUGUGCGGACGAUCGUUCAGCACCAGAGAGGAAUGGACGCAACACGCUCGAUCUCAUUUGGAGGGAAUGCCGCCGCAACACGCCGCUCCGUACUUCCCAGGAUCUGCCCCGCCGCCGCAAUCUUACGCCGCCGAGAGACAUUUUUGCUUGAUGUGCCGCGCCGACUUCACGGAUAAGACCGAGUUCAUGUUCCAUAUACGUACGCACGGGCAACCGUCGGGCGGUAAGCAGAGCAGCGGGGAUGCCGCGACGGCUGAACUCAUUGCCAGAGGGCUCGUCGAUCCCUCCGGCUUAUGCAGCUAGAAUUACUCUUUUCCCUGUCACUACGUACCGUCGAUUUGUGUCUUACCAUAGUACAAGUUUUCUGCUCCAUUUCGACCAGAAACUUUCGCAUAGGGUGUUAUGCAUAUUGUGAUUGUAAUGAUAUAUACAUAUACCAACUUAUCGAUAAUAGAUACACAGUAGCAUGUUCGAUGACUAAUAGCGAAUAGCAAUGUUAGUGCGAUAUUCAUCGAUAGUUUAGGUUGAUAAUUUCCGUGCAACUGUGAUUAUUUUUUAAUUUUUUUUUUUUUGAGCCUUUUACACAUGAUCGAAGUGAGUCAUUUAUGAUUGAGAAUAUAACAUCAGCAAAUUUCAUAUAUUAAGUCUGAUUAUUCAUAUUUACAAUAGUAUAAAAAUUAUCGAGAAAAUUCACCUAAUAUUUUUCAAGAAGAUAACAUAGUAUUGGCAAUUCAUUUCACAACAGGUUAUUAAAGAAGUAGCAAUUUACGCACUUUGUAGCAGAUACAUAUCAUCAGAGCAGAGUUACGUAAAGGAAUUAUUUUCAAGAAUACACUACUGUGUAUCUUGAUACAAGAUAAGAUUUACGUUAUCAAAAAAAAAUUUAGGAACUGACAGAUAAAGAAAUUUAAAUACUGACACGAUACUGCGUUGUAAGAAUAUGCACUAUUGUGUCAAUAUUUAAAAGCUAUUACUUAAUAGUAUACGUUCCUACAUAGCUAGCUUACCGCUAUUUGUAGGUACUAGUAGACCUAUUCUGUAACUUUUUAACAUAUGACUUUUAACACAUAACUUUUAACAUAUAAGCUUUAUUCACGUUGUAGAUACAGUAAUUAUUUAGUUACAUUUAUUUUAAUUCUCGCAAAAUUCAGCAUUAUUUGAAAUAUGUAUGUUUUGUUUUAUUAAUGAAU